AUGCUCCCCAUCAGCAAAGACACCAACGAAGAUUCAACCCAGGGCUCUGUCAGCUGUACCUCCCUACUCUCCAAAGUCAAUGUGAUCUGUCUCCCUCAGAGUCCUGACAGUAGGUCCUCCCCAAUCUCCAUUGACGAACCAGUCACUGCUGUCCAGACCUAUUGUAGCAGCAGUUAUCUGUCCAGUGAGGAACAAGCUCACUCAACCUCCAAUCAGGUCUCUACUGAGAACCUCCAGGCUGCUAGGCCACGUUCCGCUACGCCACAAUUUGCUACGUCACAGUCUGCCAGGCCACAGUCUGACAUACAAUGUACUGCCGCUGAUGUCCAUGAACCCCCAUCUGCUGUAGUGGGCUACACACCACAUUUAGCUAGCCCAGGUUUGAUAUGUCAUUUUAGUCAUGGACAUGUCAUCCCCUUCAAACAGACCUUGGCCAGUUUCUCCUCCCCCAUCACCAGCUUCCCUUCCAGCCAGGGCUCAUCUACCAGAAGCUCCAUAGUGUCUACCGCUUUGAAACUCUCAGCCGCUGAUAUGCCUCCCAAGCAGUGGUCAGCCAGGAGCACCUCUUCCUCCUCGGGCUCCAUCAAGCUUUUUGACCGAAUGAGUGAUAUUCCUUGUUCCUUGGCUGUGAGCUCUAUUUCAACUGUUCCUGGACCUGACUCUAGCAGCAGCCCUGUGCGGGAGAAUCAAUCCAUCAAUCAAGAGGUCUCGUCGAUCUGCCUCAGCCAAGAUAGAAAUGGCCAAGGAGGGAGUGUGACACCUCCAGCCCCUUUGGAUGUUUCCCUCCCCUCCAUUAUUGAGCGGGCUGGCGGACUUGUAUGUUCCGUCAUCUCCCAGGCUUUAGCAAUUGUGGAGGCGCGGUCAAGUGUGAAUGGUGAGGAGGGCUCUCCAUCUCCCACCACAGUCUCCCAUUCUCCUACAAGGGUGUUUGUCAGCCACUUAAGGAGUAACCCACUAGGUGAGGACCUUGUAGAUUCAACACUUGCGGAUGUUAUCUCUGUCCUGAAAAUGGAGGGAAUUCUUUCCUCCUCUCCGACUUUGGAGGAGGAGCUGCUUGAUCUCUCCUCCAGUUGUUCUUCGUCAUCCAGCGAAACACUGCAAUGUGUGUCUGUUGGCCCUCUUGGCAGUGGGUCGGAGACGUCCUUCAAACUUCUUGGGGGUCGUACUCUGAGUAUCGCCAUCCCAACGGCCCAUGUUACCACAGAGGACUUAGAAGUCUACAGUGAUGAGAUCAUUGACGAAAUCCUUAUUAUAAUGAGGAGCAAAAAAGAUGAUGACAGUGGAAGUGACGUCUCUGGUGCAUCAACACCAUGCAACACACCAGCACCACAGAGCCGGUCCUCUUCUGCACUGAGGGGAGUGCUUCCCCAUGACAGAAGGAUACUCAGCACAACACUGCUUGGAAUCCAGAACACACUAGAUAGUGAGAACCUCUCAGGAGAGUGUUCCACCUCACCACAGGACAAUGCCAGAGUCCUGGAGAUGAUAAAGUUGCUGCAGAGGCGCCUUGAGGGUACAACCUCAGAGUCCUCCAUCCAUAUCACAGAUGUGGCUUCACCCUUGGGCUUUCCUCUCCCUGUAUCUCUCUAUGCUGUUCAGUCGUGUGUAUUUGCCACUGACAAAGACCUGAAGGUGGAAAGAGUGAAGGGAGUCUUUGAAAGCCUGAGAUCCCAGUUUAUGAGCUACUCCAUCAAGCCUGUGAGUAACAUCAUUACCAGGGCAACAACAAAGAUGGCUGCCUCCAAUCAGCUUAGUUCAGAGACCCUCCAGGCAGCAUCAGCAAAAUCAUCUGCUGUGGCUCAGAACCUUAUUAGUUCGGUUUUAUUUAAAGUUGCCACGGUGUCCUGCUCUGAUGACUUAGAGGGUCUGGGUGAUCAUAUCAGAUGCCCCUCAACUUUGACCAGAGUUCUGACACCUUUGACCUCGGAGAAAGCUACACUGACACCUGCUGUUCUGAAGAUCAGAAGGGGGAUGUCUAAGGAAGUGGCCACCGAACUCCAGAGUUUCUUGAUCAAGGAAUCCCUUACUGCCACCCAGACACCAUCCAAUGGACAUGUUUGCACUUCUGGUUCUGCCCCAAGGGAAGCUGUGCGGGACAUCCUGAGGAAAACCAAAGAGGAGGCUUCCAACAAAAGCCUGAAUAAUAUUUUCUCUGUUAAUUUGGAUGAGCGGCUCACAGACUCUAUUGCAGAUGCCUUAUAUCCAAAGCUUUAUGACCGAUUGGAGUCCAAAAGAGAGCUGCAGGCUUCUUAUUACAGCUCCCAGAUCAGCUGUAGCCUCAGCCCCUUCAAAGUUGAGAGCAGCCUAGAGCUCCAGGAGUUCACUGACCCACUAUCUGAGUCAGUAUUGUGUCUCCUGGAUAGGACAUUUGGAGAUAAAGCUCAGAACUUAAAGACAGGCGAGGAUGUUUUACAAUAUGUCACAGACCCAACCUAUAAUAAGCUUUUGAUUGGAUCCCACACCAACGACGUCAAUGUGGUUGUGCACACGAUUGCAGUGGAGGAGUUGCCUGUUGAUGGUUGUAUUGCGCAAAGUGAGGCCAUUCAUGGCCUUCACAAGAAGCAAGAGUUACCUCCCAGCACCAGUGGCAGAGGGAAUGAGACCCCGAGCCCUACUAAUUGCCUACUGGAGGGUGUAGUGGGCAAACUGGUACGGAAGAUGCUAUUUCAGGGCCUUGACAUCCCUGAGGAACCCAUGAACUACAGCCGCUCUGAGAACUUUAAGCUACAGUAUGAACUGGUGGCAAAGCUUUGUCCUCUGAUGGUAAGGACAAUCAUGGCUACAACCAUAGCCAAUCAACAACCUACUAUUCAAGAAGCAGUGAUGUCUUCCGAGAACAUCCAUGUGAAAGAGCUGUGUGAGGCAUGUAUCAAACCUCUCAAAGAGAACCAUGUACCCGAUGACUCUGAGACCAACAACAUGGUCAGAGGGGCUUUGAGUGAAAUUGAAUCCUGUAUAAUUGAGACCUCCGACAAGGACUCUCCCAGUCUACAUUCCACACCAGAGGUGGUUGUAGACCUGAUCACCAAGCUGCUUCAUGGGUAUGAGCUUAACUCAGAGGACUUUGCAUCACCUGUGUCAUCCCCAACCACCACUCUCUCUGAUGUGGCAAUGGACAUGGUGGUUUCUGUCCUUCGGGACAUGUCCGAUUCCCCAGACGUUACCUCAGCAUUGGAAAUGACCAAGGAUCUCAAGACGCCGUACUCCCGCCCCUCAAGUGCAAGGAUAGUAAGUGCCCUCUGCAGAGAGCUGGAGGAGCGCAUGGGCUCUCCUGAUGCUCUGAGGCGAGCUUUGAGCCGCGGCAGCGGGGAGAUGACAACAGCCAUUGCUAGUGCAGUCACCAGGGAAGUCAACCGUCUGGGUUCAAUCGUACCCAAAGUCUCUGUCAGGCCGCUCUCCUCAGACAUCUGCCUAAGGACAGACCAGGACAAGGUCAUGGUUAAGAGCCGAUGUGGCUCUGCUGAGGUGAAGGCAUCCCAACCGGUGUAUAUUAUUGUUCAUGUAGAGGCGGUGAUGGAUAUCAUUGUCCGGCUGCGGUCUCUGAUUGUUCCUCGGACCCAGGAUAAACUGGCCAGCUGGACCCUAGUUGAGGAUGUGACCAACAAGCUGUCCAGUGCUCUGUGGGUGAGGGUCACUAACAGGUGGAGGGAAGCAAAUGUCUGCCUGAAGGCAACAGACAUCUUUCAGUUGGUGCUGUCUGUGCAUAGAAAGUUGAUGCAACGCUAUGGCACAGAGGAAGCCCUACAGAAGAUACUGUGCCACAAGGCACCCAAGCUGCACAAGGACAUUGUCUGUCUUGUCACGAACGGAAUUAUGGAUGCACCAUCCAAACUUCAAAGCACCAAAAAUCUGGAAUCUACACUCAACUUGAAAGAAUUGACAGCCUUGUUUAAUGAAAUGACAACCCGUCAAUCUUUGAAUAAGAAAGCUGAGCAGAGCAGCAUCAAGAUUGAGAUUGAACAGCCGGAGUGGUCCACUGUGGAACAAGUGACAUCCGGUUCCACCAGCUUCAUUAGGGAGCUUAUAUUAGAAGAAGUCCUGAUGAAGCUUGUCAAGAAGAUAUGCCGUAUGCCAAAAAGGACCAACAAGCGUCAGCGCAUCCAGAUCAGUGAUCUGGUGACUGAGCUGAUCCGAUUGUUCGACGAGGAGGUGGCCAAAUAUCUGAUUGAGGAAAUGGAAAGCCAGCAAAAAAGUUUCAAUUCUAAGAUGACAUCGAAGCUGGCAGAUGCCAUCUACACUGACCUUGGGAAGGUCAAGCGUUUGAAACGCUCCUUGAAAAUUGACGAUUUAUUUGAGGAUCAGGAGAUGCUUUCCAUUGUCUCUGUCAUUGUUUCCCACAAGCUACUGGCCAUCUUGAAACCCUCAGUUUCCAACCCAUAUGACCGUGAGACCUCAGACCUUGAAGACUCAUGCAGUAAUGAUUUGGAGGAUGCGGAAUCUGAGGGGGUGCAUUAUGCCACCGGCAGAAAGUCCAACAUGAGCAUCGUCCUUACAGACACUACAAUCCAGCCAGAGAUGUACAUUGCUGUGGAUUCUCCACCUAUGAUUAAAUUAUCCAAGAUGAGGAAAGGCAUCCGGGACUUCUUCUGGGGAGUCCAGAAGGCCUGGAAACGCUUGGUCACCUGCAAGUCCUCUGGGUCCUCUGAUGGGUAGCCUGGAUGACGUUCAGCCCAUGUCACUUGCUUUUGCCAGGCUACAUCUGAGGAGGACACCACAACUGGCCUCAAUACAACAUUUUUAUUUUUGUUGGUCAUUUCUGUUUUCAUUUUGAAUCCCCUAAUCAUGCUAUAUUUGAACCAGGCUGUCAGUGGACUAGCUUACCAUUAGUUUAUACUCCUUAAGGAAGAUCCACUAUAGGCUAGUCAACACCACAAUUCCAUCUGGUUCUUUUGAUCCCUUAUUAGCUCCCACUCCUGUAACUAGGAAUGUGAGCUUCUAAAUGUCAUUCAGACAUCUACAGCUUCUCCUGUGAUUAGGAAGAUAAGCUAAGAAGCCCAACCAAUUGACUAGAUGUGCUGUACAUCUGAUGCCCUCUCCCUAUUGUAAUCAUUGAUCCACGUCCAUUGCAGCCUCUAAAUUUGAUGUAAAUAUUUAGCCUAAAUUAAAAAAUGACAAGGAGGGUAGGCCGACAGCAGCUUCUACUCUUACGAUUAGGAAAGUGGUGCUAAACUUUUUGGGCUUUGGAGCGUUAUAUUAUAGUAGAAAUAAUGUAAAUGAAUAAAAGUGAACUGAUGUAUGUCAACUUGAUGGAGAUAUUUGCUCGCUCAACAAAAGCUAUAUUGGUGUUAGGUCUGAAGUUGCAUGACAUUCACCUAUUUAUUUAAUUGGCACGGCCCUGAAAGAGGUAGAAAAGGCCUCAAGAUGGCGACAAAUAUCUUCUGUCAGAAAAUCGAAUCAAUGUGUUUAUCACAUGCGCUGAGUCGAACAGGUGAAAUGCAUACUUACAUCUUCCUCUAACUCUGCCUUGGCAGAGAAGGGCUUGAUGAAUCAUAUACAGUAUAUUGAAUUCAGAGUUUCUUGUAUGAAAUACAACAUUGCUGUCUGCCAAAUGAAUUAGCAGUAUUAAAGCAGUGUAAUAUACACUGAGUGUACAAUACAUGAGUGCUCUUCCCAUGACAUAGAUGGCCCAGGUGAAUCAAGGUGAAAGCUAUGAUCCUUUAUUGAUGUCACAGUGUAGAUGCUGGGUUUUUGACGCGUAACAGUGUCCCGUGUGUAUCAAGAAUGGUCCACCAACCAAAGGACACCCAGCCAACUUGACACAACUGUGGGAAGCAUUGGAGUCAACAUGGACCAGCAUCCCAGUGGAAUGCUUUUGACACUUUGUAGAGUCCAUGCCCUGACAAAUUGAGGCUAAUCUGAGGGGGGAAAAGGGUGCAACUAAAUAUUAGGAAGGUGUUCUUGAUGUUUUGUGCACUCAGUGCAUAUACUUCUGGUUGUAUAUAUUUGAAGUUAUAGGAGAAUGUGAGUCUUAUGGCCAGCUGCCAUAUUCUUGCAUGUAUUCUGCAUCCGGAACCGUGAAGCCUGGCCAGCGAGUUUAGUAUGAUUUGAGAUAUGAUAUUUAUGCACCACAUGUUUAUGUGGCUACUCUAUGUUUGCCUAACUUGGGGAGACAAAGAAAGUAAUACUUACUUUCAGAAGAGGACUUAGACAUAUUGAAAAGUAGUGCACUGUAUAGAGUGCCAUUUGGGGUGCAAGUUCAGACUUAGUUUUAAUAAGGGGAUUAGGUCUGCUAGCCAGUGUUCCGUCUCUCUCUCCCUCUCCUGCAGGCAUGCUCAUGUACAAUAAGGUGUUUUCGGGGCAUGAUGACUCAGCUCAUUGGUGACCAAACUCACCUUUUUUAGGUGGGCCAGUAAGUUGUGUGGCAACCCUGCCUGUUAGUAGUUUGACACACAUAAUGCUUUACUUGAAGGCUACCUACAUUAGGACUUCAUAACACUUUCAUCACUCAUUUAUACAAUGGGUGCGUAUAAUCCGGAACGCUGAUUGGUUAAAAGCCAUUCCAGCCGGUGUCUUUUCCACAAAUUACCACCAGCUAAAUCUGACGUUAAAAUGUUUAUGAACUCUGUUCCAUCUGACUGUCUCAUCAGCCCAGGCAGGGAAGUUAUAAACUUGAUCUACACUAUAAAAAGCAUCUAGACAUUAUCUCGCAUUUCUUUU